AUUUCAGUUGAAGCGACAAGAGGCCAACGCUAAGAAUGUGCGCGAACGCGAAAGAUGGCAUCACCAUACGAAUUAUGGAAGAGAAGGACUAUCCCAUUGUGAAAUUGUUCAUGCAGGAAGAGUUCUUCUCGGGGGAACCGCUGAGCCAGUCCACUGGGGAAGAGGUGCACCUGCAGAACGAGAAGGAAUCGGACGAGUAUCAUCUGGGCAUGAUCGGAGAGGGCACGUGCCUGAUGGCCACUGACGAUAACCAAGGCGGGCGCAUUGUGGGCUUUGUACUGGCCGGAUCCCAGUACCCCGCGGACUUGGAGAAGCAUCGCAAAGAGGCCGAGGCAAUGGAGCAACACACCUGGGGACGCAUCUGCCGACUGCUGUCCAAGAUCGAACUGGAGGCGAACCUCUUUGAGCGCUACGGCAUCUCCAAGCUUCUGUAUUCCCACAUGACCAGUGUGGGUGUCUCGAUGCGGGGCAGGGGCCUGGGCUCCCGCCUGGCUGCCACUCUGAUGGAGGUGGGUCGGGCCAAGGGCUACCCCCUGAUGAUCGCCUACUGCACGAGCUUCUACUCUGCCCGCCAGAAGGAGGCCUUGGGCAUGCAGUGCAUCCACUCGCUGCGCUAUGCGGACUACAAGGACGAGCAGGGACGAGUGAUCUUUACACCAGCAGCACCACACACGCAUGCCAGGAUCAUGGUCGUCAAACUGUGCGAUGUUCCCACAUAAUCCAGCCACCUGUUUUACUAUUCUAACCUAACAUUGCUAGCACGAUAUAAAAGAGUCAAAAUCA